UGUUUUGAAGAUUUGAGCUUGUUCACAGUUCACACUGGAAUGCGAAGAUGAACGAAGGGGGCGGCGGUGAUGCUGACAUUUUGGAUGAAUAGAUCUGCGAUGGGAGUCGUUAGAUUUCGUCACUGACCGUGAAUUUCGGCUUUAUUUAAGGGCGUGUUUGGUCGUUUGUCGUUGUUGUUUGUUGGCCUAUUUACCAGCGAAUGGGUUGCAACGGGUCAAAGGCGGUUGAAACGGAACUGGUGAUCCGUUGCCGGGAGCGUAGGGAUCUCAUCAAGGCCGCCGCCGACCACCGCUACUAUCUCGCCGCCGCGCAUCUCUCCUAUUUCCACUCCCUCAAGGACGUCGGCGACGCUCUCCGCCGCUUCGUCGACGAGGAGCUUGUUGCCGCCUCUUCCUCAUCGCCGUCUUCCUUAUCUUCUCCCUCGUUGAUUCUCCCUUCCGGUGAGCGUAAACUCCGCGCUGAUGGCGGUGAAGGCAGAGGGAAGAAACGCGGAGAUUCCUCCGGAUCAUCCGGCUCUGUUCACCAUAUUGGCGAUGGAGAUGGCGGCGAGAAGGAAUCGCACUUGUCGUUGCCGUCAGAUUCGUCGGACGAUGAGCAUUUUCACUUGCACGAAACCGGUUAUAAUGGCGGACAUUUGCACAUAGAUGAAGAGGAAGGGCAUACGUCACCGGCUUCUCCUUUUCAGCACCCGGAUUUGCCAAUGGGGAGUCAUGGGCCGUAUGUGACGAUGAAUCAAGAGCCUCCUCCACAAAUGGGGUACUGGGAUCCUUUCUAUGGCUACAAUCCCCAGUUGAAUCCCCCCCUUUACGGCGGAAAUUCAAAUACAUAUGCGUAUUACAUGAAGAAAUCUUCUCCAACGAUGAAAACAGUAAUACACGAAGCAGAAGCUGCUUCUACUGCGUACUCGAACGCGUAUUGGAGCUCCCCUUAUCAGAAUAAUGCUGGCGACUAUUUUGGAUAUCCACCGGUGGGCCCAUACGGGGGCGAAGGGAUGAGGAAUCGCGAUAAGAAGCCCAGCCCUCCGGCCGAGCCGCCACCACCGCCUUCCCCAAAGGCCUCUGUUUGGGACUUUUUGAAUCCAUUCGAAGCAAUUGAGCAGCAGGGUUACUCGAGUUAUUUUCCCCAUGGCGGCGGCUACGGGUAUGGGUCUAAUAGUAGUAGUCCGGAUUUGAAGGAAGUGAGGGAGAGGGAAGGGAUUCCCGAUUUGGAGGAGGAAACAGAAACCGAGUUUCACAUGGAUGAACCUAAAUUGAAGAAAAAGUUGAAUAAUGAAUUUAAGAAAAAGAGGGCAGGGGAAGGGCCUUCAAGUUCCAGUGGAGUGUCAUUACAAAGAGGGGGUGGUUUUGGGGGAGAGCAAUUACAGAAACGAAUGCCCGGAAGAAAAACACAGCACACUGAAGAACCCCUUGCAACAAAGCCAAUGCAAACAAAACAUAGUGAGGGUUCCUCUAUUUCAAAAGGGCCACCAUCGGAGGAUAGUGGUGGCAGCACAAUAAGACUAUCGUCAGGGCAUGAUGAAUGUUCUCUCAGUGACAUGACGAGUUCAAUUGAUGUCUCGGAGGAGAAGGCUAGCUCUAGCUCCAUUGUAUCGAAAAGCCCUGAAGAUAGCAGUGUGAAGACAAAAGGAGUGACUUUUGAGGUAGAUCAUGAAAUCGAAUCUUCCAAGUUAAGUAACUCGGAUAAUAAACCUGCUCAUGGAACAAGAGAUCUUCGGGAGGUUGUGGCCGAAAUCAAAGAUGAAUUUGAGAUUGCUUCAAGUUAUGGGAGGGAGGUAGCUGUGAUGCUUGAAGUUGGGAAACUGCCUUACCACCAUAGCUUCAUUAGAGUGCUCAUGUCCAGGAUUUUGUACUCGAUUGUUCCAUCCUCAUCAUCUUUGCAAACAGUUUCAUCACACUCAGUAAGAAUAGAUUCUAGAACAAGGAAAUUGACAAAAUCCUAUUUUGGGGAUGCCAGUCCAGAAAAUAAUUUGAAGCCUUGUUACCUUUCAUCUACACUAGCCCAGCUAUAUGAAUGGGAGAAGAAACUUUACAAGGAAGUAAAGGAAGAAGAACAACUACGACUUUUAUAUGAAAGGCAGUGCCGGAAGCUAAAAGUGUUGGAUGAGCGAGGAAAAGAGUCAAGUAAGAUUGAUGCUGUUCAAGCUUCUAUUAGAAAAUUACUGACAAAACUCAAUGUUUCUAUCAAAGCAAUUGAUUCUAUUUCAAAUAGGAUACACAAGUUAAGAGAUGAAAAAUUGCAACCCCAAGUUGCAGAAUUAAUUAAUGGCUUGAUAAGGAUGUGGAGGUCCAUGCUCAAUUGUCAUCAGAAGCAGUUUCAAGCAAUCAUGGAGAGUAAAACUCGUGCUUUGAAAGCAAACAUUGGAGUCCAUGCUGAUUCCACAGUGAGAGCUACUCUUGAACUUGAAUUGCAGCUUCUUGCAUGGUGUAGCCACUUUAACGAUUGGAUUUGCACUCAGAAGUCCUAUGUUGAGUCCUUAAAUGGGUGGCUUCUUCGGUGCCUUAUUUAUGAGCCAGAAGAAACUCCUGAUGGGCCUGUUCCCUUCUCCCCUGGCCGUUUGGGUGCCCCUCCAAUUUUUGUAAUAUGUAAUGAUUGGAAUCAUGCAAUGGAAACCAUUUCUGAGACUCGGGUGGCAAUGACAAUGAACAAUUUUGCUUCAAGCUUGCGGAAACUUUGGGAAAGGCAGGAUGAGGAGCACCGUCAGAGGCUUAGAGCCGAAUACCUGUCAAAGGAUUACAAGAGACGACUUAAAAUGCUUAAGAUGGAGAAAGGAAGAACGGGGCAUGAUCGAGAUGCGAUGUCACAAAAAACAGGAGCGUCUAUGGUUCCAUCUGAAAAUGGGGUUUCUCCAUUGGAUGAUCUAAAGGUGGACUUGGACACGUUCCGGAAAAAGCUGGUUGAAGAGAAAGUAAAACACGAGGACACCUUAAAGUUAGUGCAUGAUGCAGCUUCCAGUAGUUUACAAGGAGGUUUGCUUCCAAUUUUCAAAGCUUUGGAGAAUUUCACAUUGGAAGCUGUCAAAGCCCAUGAGCAAAUCAGGUUACAAAAUAUUUAGCAAUAAUCUUUAUUUCCAAGUUUCCAAUAUCUACUUGGAAGAAUUUUUUGGCCUCCCUAUAAUUUUAUUAGUGAGAGCUUACAGUAGGUGGAAUUUGGAUGGGUGCAGCUACUUCAAGAAGCUGCAAAGGUUGGUGGAACAGGCAAAGUUUUGUAGGUUAAUAAUUUUUUGGUAUCGAAUAUUUCAUGCUUCUCUAACAUCUAACCUUUUGAUUGCUAGGCUAUUGUACAGUGACAGUUUAUUUAUUCAUUGGAUUCUUACUGAUCAAAGUUUUGUCGAUUGAUGUAACAAUGGAAAUGUAUGAAAGUUUUGAUUCCAAAGUUGGCAGGACGAAGUCCGGCAGACCUGUUGUCAAGAAGUAUUUGCAUUAUUUUAUAUAUACUCUUGUGGCCAUCACUUGUUCUUUUUUUUAUUCCCUGUUUGCAGUUUGCCAGUUUACCCAUGAAAUACCCUACUGACCCUAACAGGUAGCAUCACCAAGGACUACUGGGACAUACAUUUUUAUGUAUCUAAAAGCUGCAAUUGAGGGUAGCAUAGAGGAUAGAAAAAGGCAGGGACAGUCAAUUGUGAGAAAAGCGGAAGAGGAAGACGCCAUGAGAACGACCUGGUGCGACACGAGGAAGAAGGCAGAAAGGGAAGGAAUAUUUGUAGAAAUUUAGGGUAAGAUAGAAGCCUAGAUUGGUACAAUAUGACCCAAGAUGGCUAAGGAUACACACUUAACCACAAAGGUCACAAGUUCGAAUCGCAGCCUUCUUAGUUUAAGCCGGUCAGCUAUGGAUAACUUAGAUUGGUUUACCUCCUUGUGGUCUUUUGCUGGCCAAGGUCACAAAGUGAGGUUUACCCAGUACAUACCUUCGAGUAAUGGUUACAAGUUUUCUUCGUCACUCAAAAAAAAAAAAGAGAUGUACAUUGAUUGUAUGUUAUGUAGUAAAUUAUGAAUGGAGAAAUGUGAAGGAGUACAAGAGACAGGAUGGCUUACCUCUUGAAAUGUUGGGAGUGAAGCUCUGCUAUUCCUGGUUUGCAGCACCUGCAGUUUAGAUCUGCACCAUGGGAAGUGCUUGGAUGUUAAGCUGGAUCAUAGUUGAUCAAUGAUGCCCACACAAUACAUUACAAUCCAGAGAAGCAACUUGUUUUUCUACUCAGAGUAAGUUCUUUGUGACUAUUUGAUUCAGCUAGCUUAGCUAUAUGCCAGAUACCAUGUAUUCCUUCAUUAGGAUAAGACAAGCAUUAGGACAUCCAUAGUGGUGGUGGAUAUGUGUGGAUGCAAUGCUUCCUCAUUAACAUUUAAUAUCCCAUCUAUCUCUAAUAUGCUUUUGUUAUUGUGAA